GAACUCCUUUAUGUUCUAUCAAAUUAGUCACCAUCAAAUAAGUUAAUUGCAGUGCUUUCAUAAUAAAUGAGAAAGAUCUAUUUGCGGAAGAUGCAUCUAUAAAAAUGACAGAAGCCUGAGCUUGCAGUAACUUGCAAGACACAAACCUUCUUUAGUUAGCAGGUAUUCUCAACCUUAAGUACUUCAUAAAAACACAUGGAUAAAAUCUCGAAAGCGUCAUGUUUGGAGAUGUACAACGCAGCCAAGCCAUAUCUGGGAGUCAUAUUGUUGCAGUUCGGGUAUGCUGGGAUGCCAAUAAUCGCGGAGUCUGCUAUAAAGCAGGGAAUGAACAUUUACACUUACACUGUGUACCGCAAUGCCAUUGCUGCUCUUAUUUUCGCUCCUUUUGCUAUCUUCUUAGAAAGAAAAAUUCGGCCUGGAAUGACAGCCUCUAUAUUCUGGAAGAUUCUGCUGCUGGGACUCCUGGAGCCUGUACUGGACCAGAAUUUGUAUUAUACAGGGAUGAAGUAUACAAGUGCAACUUUCACAUCAGCUAUGUGCAAUAUUCUGCCUGCCAUAACUUUUGUUAUGGCUUGGAUUCUCAGGCUUGAAAAAGUGAAUAUUAAGAGACUUCACAGUCAAGGGAAGGUACUAGGAACACUAGUGACUGUGGGGGGAGCUAUGAUAAUGACACUGGUUAUAGGGCCUACUAUUGGAUUGCCGUGGAGUCAGCAUGAUCAGCCAGCAGCAGCCGAUGCCACAGAUCCACAACAAGACUCCAUUAAGGGCGCCCUAAUGAUCGCAGCAGGUUGUCUCUGCUGGGCCUGUUUUGUCAUUCUCCAAGCGAUAACGUUGAAAUCAUACCCUGCUGAACUUUCCUUAACAGCCCUAAUAUGUAUGAUGGGUACAAUACAAGGGUUCAUAUUGACCAUUGUUGUUGAAAAGGAAAAUACGGCAAUCUGGGCCAUUCACUGGGACACCAAAUUUCAAGCUGCACUCUAUGGUGGUAUAGUCUGUGCAGGGGCUGGUUACUAUAUUUCUGGAGUGGUAAUGAGGCAGAGGGGACCUGUUUUUGUCACAGCCUUCGGGCCACUAAGCAUGGUUAUUGUUGCGAUUCUGGGACCCUUUAUGCUAUCAGAACAAUUGGUCCUGGGAAGAGUUAUUGGAGCCAUUGUCAUUGUUAUUGGCCUAUACUUGGUUCUGUGGGGUAAGAGCAAGGAUCAGUGUUCCUCAAAGUCUGACAGCGAAUUGCUGCCUAUCGAUCAAGUAAAGUCUCACACGAAUAUUGAUGCAAAAAUCCCGGUGCAUGACCAAAUAACGUCUAAAGUAGCUGCUACCAGUGAAGCUGUAUAAAGAAGCUAAAAUGAAGGCAAGAUAUCAUUCGAGUCUACUUCUUUACCAAAAAGAACUGUAUAUUUUAGUGUCUCCCCCUCUUAUGUAUUAGCGUUUUUGAUUAUUUCAAGUUAAUAUUUACUUCCUGGCCUUCUAUGUGUAAUCUCAUGUCUAUGGUGUUUUUGAUGUAUAAGUUCUGCUAUCAUUUUUGGGUCAAUAAAAUCACUGAAACAAAUCUCUUAUCUUCUGA